AUGACGUCAUGUUUCAUCAAAUCUAUAUUACUCCUACUAUUCAUCAAUUUUUCAAACUCCAUCGACAGUGACUUCCACGUCUUCCAUCCACUUCUAGCUGCUCCACGAACACUCCCAGGUGUCCGUGUCAGAAUACUGCCACGUGGUUUGGCCUACUUGAAUAAUAUCGCUGCGAAUCUUCUAGCUGAUCAACUUCCUCGACUUGUUAUCCCAGAUGUUGAACAUAUUCUUCCCAGCAACCAAGGAAUCAUUUACAUCUCCAGAAUUCAUUUGUCUCGGUUCCGACGCGCCGAACAUCAUCAGCUGAACUCGACGGCGCCGAAUAAGAUAUCAUGGACCAUGCAAAAUAUGGAUAUUGGACUUCUGGGAGAUUUGAGCGGCUCUGUGAAUAUUGUGGUUCCACUGAAUUUGACAGGACAGGUGGAGAUUCUGGCGCAAGGUCUCACUUUUCAUUUGGAAUCUUCGAUAGAAAAAGGCAAAAAUGGGUCGGCAAAAGUGACGUCACUCUCAUGUCUAGCUACAAUUCGAGAUGUUACCGUAACCAAUCACAACGGGGGACUCUUCGGAUUAGCAGUUUCUGUAUUCAAGCAAGGAGUAUCGGACAAUGUCCGUCAUAUGUUACAAACGAUUAUUUGCAAAAAAGUCAGAAAAUAUAUCGACGAGGAUGCGAAUGAAAAGUUGGCCGAAGCACAGACUUCGAGUAAAUUAGGAGAUGCUUUGGAGACGAAUGCAUUGAAAAUGAUAUCAGUUGGUGGCGAUGAGAAGUCGAGAAUCGAUGUGGCUAGUAUAUUCGAUUCGUCGUUGGCUUCGAAGUUCUUCAUUGAUUUCCGACUAAAAGAACAUCCAAUUUGCCACGAGAACACAGUGGAACUCGCUUCAUGGGGAGAGAUUUCAUAUAUGGGUCAAGGAGACACUCCAUUCGGACCAGUCGACGCUUCAUGGCCAGGAAAAUCUCCAUUCAAAGCGAAUGUUGUCGAUUCAGUGACCAGUAAGGAUUCAAUGAUCGAGCUGGUGGUGUCAGACUUUUUGCCGAACUCCCUUCUCUAUCAUGCUUAUGUGCAACGAUUCAUCAAAGUUCUCCUAACUCCACGAACCAAAGGAGUUGCCUCAUUUCUUCGAACAACUUGUGAGGGAUCUUUCUGUAUUUCCGAUUUGGCUCCUCAAUUAGCUGAACAAUAUCCGAAUUCUACUGUAGAACUGGCUAUGAGUGCCACCAGAGCGCCUGCUGUCUUAUUUAGUGAGAAAAAUGGAGGUACGAUCUCGGUAUCCAUGGGCGGACUAGUCGUCGUUUUCGCUGUAAACGGAAACCAUCGUCGUCAAGUCAUUGUAGUUGAUCUGGAUGUUGUUGCGGAUGCCCGAUUGUCUAUUCAGGGUCACAAUGUAAGUGGAUCCGUGGAACUUCGAAAGUUCGAAUUGAAGCGUCGGACUGGAACCGUGGACAUAUCUGAUGCAGAAAUUGACGAUAUUGCUCUUCUAGUCAGUCAGUUGGCUGAAAAUUUGUUGAAUGGUCUGCUUGUGAGCGGAAUGCCACUCCCACUUCCUCAUGUGCUUCGGAUCAAGGACAGUCAUAUCAACGUAUUGAGUCGUCGGAUGCAUAUUCAGGUGGAUGUAGACGUGGAUGAAAGGAGAUUAUCCAAACUGGCGUCGCAGACAUUUUUCAAAACACCACAGUUUUCCGAUGUCAAUUUGAGUCCGAUCCGCCGAAUGGUGCGUCCUGUUCCCUUCCUGGAAGGUCGUCAACAAAUCUCACAAUUCAAUUUCAACAAUUGGUCUACUGAUUCAGCGAGAAGAAUAUUCCGUUGA